GGAGCAGCCGCAGGCGGAGCGGCUCCGGGACCGGCCCCCCAGCCCUCCCCUGGUGCGGGAGGAGGGGACGCCGGGGGCCCUGCAGCCGGCGCGUGGGCACCGCUACCUUCCAGCCCCUGCAGCAGCACCGCGCAGCGGGGGCUGGGGACCGGCACCUGAGGGUGCUGCAGGCGGCGCGGGAGCCGCUGCCCGGGCUGUGUGCGUGCAGCCGGUGCAGGGGGGGAGCCGACACCCGCCGGCCGGUGCAUGCCCGCUGCAGGCACGCGCCGAUAACCCGGGCCCAGCGCAGUGGGGAGCUGGCGGCCGGUGCAUGCGGCAGGCGAUGCCCGCCGGCCGGGGGCUGAGCAAGCCGGCGCUGGUCCCCGGCGCGGUGCCCCGGCCGAGCGCCCCCCAGGCCGCCCCGCGCCAUGAAGCGGCAGAACCUGCGCACGGUCUCGCUGAUCCUCUGCAUCUUCUCCUACCUGCUGGUGGGCGCCGCCGUCUUCGACGCGCUGGAGUCGGAGGGCGAGAGCGGCCGCAGGCGGCUGCUGGAGCAGAAGCGGGGCGAGCUCCGCAGGAAGUACCGCUUCUCGGCCGACGACUACCGCGAGCUGGAGCGGCUGGUGCUGCAGGCCGAGCCGCACCGCGCCGGCGGGCAGUGGAAGUUCGCCGGCUCCUUCUACUUCGCCAUCACGGUCAUCACCACCAUCGGUUAUGGACAUGCUGCCCCAGGCACAGAUGCUGGCAAAGUUUUCUGCAUGUUCUAUGCAAUCCUUGGCAUCCCCCUCACACUGGUUAUGUUCCAAAGUCUUGGGGAACGCAUGAACACCGUAGUCCGGUUACUGCUGAAGAAAAUAAAGAAGUGUCUGGGCAUGAAGAAGACUAACGUCUCUAUGGAAAACAUGGUCUUAGUAGGCUUCCUGUCUUGCAUGGGGACACUGUGUGUUGGAGCAGCUGCCUUCUCUUAUUUUGAGGGCUGGACCUUCUUCCAUGCUUACUAUUACUGCUUCAUAACGCUGACCACUAUUGGGUUUGGGGACUUUGUAGCUCUGCAGAAAAACGAAGCUUUGCAGAAGAAGCCACCAUAUGUGGCUUUCAGCUUCAUGUACAUCUUGGUCGGUUUGACUGUGAUUGGUGCUUUCCUAAACUUAGUAGUUCUUAGGUUUUUGACUAUGAACUCAGAAGAUGAGAGGCGGGAUGCAGAAGAGAGGGCAUCCCUGAGGAGAGUCAGGAACAACAUCCAUCUGAAAGCUAAGGAAGACAGUAAGAACAAAGAUGCUAUUUUUCUACCCACAGAAGACAGGACAAGUCAAAUGAACCUCAUCCCACUGAUGCAGGAAGAUGCUGAUAGACCAAGACGCCAUUCUUCAAACUCCACUGCCAGAGUCCCUUCCUUCUGCACGUGUUUGUGCUACAGACCGCGGCUGUGUGGGAGCCCUGCCCCCUCCCAUCCAGAGACCCUCAGCUGCCACACCAAUCCCGUUUACUAUAAUUCCAUUUCUUACAAAAUCGAUGAGGUCUCCCUGAGCACGAGGGAUCCCACUGGUUUCUCCUCCCCUGGGAGCACUUUAUCGUCCAACAGCCCCAGCUGCAGGGAACACCUCCGCCUGCGAAGGAAAUCCAUCUAAAUGUGCAUGCUCGUUGGGAAUUUUUACUCUGAACUGUAUUCGACUACUGAAGUCAUAUUUUGAUGAUAAAUUAUUAACUGAGGUCAUUGUUAUUACUCUAAUUUCUUCUCCUCUCGCCUGCUCCCUAUUAGAAUGGCUUCAACUCCAGCAGCUGCCAGCUACAUAAUAUGCUGCCCAGCAAUUUGUUUUAAAUUCCACUGAUGAAUAAUUGUCUCUUUUAGCAGGAGAUGUCAGACCAUGUUACACUUUUUUUUUUUUUUUUUUGGCAGUAUAUUCAGGUAGCAGGGAUAUAUAAUAGCUCCCGACAAAGCACAGAAUCCGAUGGCCUGUCUGUAAGACAGAAUUGUUCCCUUGGAAAUGGCUUACAAAAAAACCCCCAGACCCCAGCAGUGCAGUCUGUAUUCCAGGCUUGCUCUGGUUAGUACUUAGACUGCUGGAUCCUAGUGGUGUAUAUCAGUAACCAAACAGGCUCAAUGGUAUGUGCCAAAAUUUACUGAAAACAAAAUCUGUAUUAACAAAUCUUCCAGCAAUGAAGCUCGUUCCCUAAAUUAGGGAUCCUCACAAGCUGGGCACAUGUUCUUCAAUGUAACAUUUUAGAGGUUUGCAGGUGAUAAUUUGCCGUGAGAUAAUAUACAAAAUUUACAGAAUUUCCUAGCUGGACAGUCGCAUAAUGUCCGAACAGUGAAGGUAGCAAUGUUGUCAGAGAUUUGCAAAAGGGGAGAUGAUAGUGUAUCAGCUGUGAAAAUCCACAGUGCAACAGCAGAGGCUCCGAGUUCAAUGCGGUUACGUUUGUGCUACUCAGGUGUGGGGAUGUGAACAAUCUUCAUCUGUUCAAGUUACUGCCACUUCAAUGUCACUCUCACUUCAUGUUUGAAACUAUCCACAGUGGGGGCUCCAGACAUGAUGCAGCUGGUCAUUAUGGCAGAUAGAUCAUCUGCUUUUAAGUGGAGUCUCAGUGCAGGCCCCAACCUGUGAGCAGGUUACUCUGUCUUGACUGCAAUGCUCUGGUUUCAAGGGAACACCCGGAGACCUCUCAGGUAGGGAUGAAAUAUUCAAACUGAAAAUAUUCAUCCCUCUGCCCCUGAACUCCACCUCUCUGAUGAGGCGUGGCCAUAGGGCAAGGCUCUUCCGGAGACAGGAUAGAGAAGGGUUUGCGGGAAGGGGGAUUGGAUUUUUUUUUUAAGUGUAAGGUUAAAAUCGGAGGCGAGCAAGCUUGGGAAUAGUGUGCCCGAGCCCCUGUGGGCUCCCACCUUUGAAUCUGAGAGCCCACGCUGUCCUCCCUUAGCUCCAGGAGCCCCCAUCGACCUCGCUGGUCUAAGGGAGGGCAGAAUGUAGUUCUAGCUAGAAUUUCUGUUGCCCCACUUUUGGGUCUUUCCACAGCACCCGCAGCUUUCUUUACUUUCUAGUACGGAAGGAAUGUGUGGUGUUAGCAUUAGCUGCUCCUUCAGGUUCUGCUCAGAGCUAUUUGUACUCGUAAGAACAAUCAAAACCCAAACUAAUGCUGCCACGGAGGCAGAGUCUGCACUCUCAGAAAUACUCAGAAUUACAAGAACUCAAACAAUUCGGGGUAUUGGGUGCAACCUGGCACCUUCCCACUGUAGUUUAAUCACAAGACAUCCCGCUCCAUGGAAGGAGUAAGCUUCUUGCUUUGCUAGACUUUGUGUCUCAUCUGCUAUUUGAAACAGACAAGCUCUUCUGGGCUGUAUGGAAAUCCAUUCUCAUAUGCUGGGAUCCGUUGGCCUGGAAGAGAGAUUUCUGGGUAACCAUGCCCAUCUUGCACUCAGCCACUGCUCUCAUAAAGGUUUUUGGCACCCAAAAGGAGCCUGUGAAAGGCCAAGAACUGCUGUCUCUGGCUCCCUGAGAAUGAUCUCCACUUGUUCCUCUGGGGGACAUGGGCCAGCUCCCCACCUGGUGUAAAUCAGCGUAGCUCUGUUUAUUUCAGUGGAGCUGAGGUUCUAGCCACUAGUCUUCUGGGGCUUAGCAGCAUGCUCCCCCUUCCCUCUCCUCGCAUGGGAGCUUGUUGAACUGUGAUCCUAAGUGGGGACGUGUAGAGUGGCAAGAACAGCUGGACCCUGACCCCCAGGCCCGCUCCCCAGCAGCUGUGGUAAAAGGAUCUGCCUCUUACGGAGCCUCAGUCCAGCAGCUGCCUUGGGGGUGAAGAGGAUGAGCUUGCAGCCACUUCAAGCUGUUUGCUGGGAGCUUCUUCCCUGGAGAGCGGGAAAAGUGCCCUCCAAUGCUCCUGCUUUGAUUGGCACCAGCUCUAGCAGGGAAUUGCCACAGUCUCCUCCAUGUUUGGUCUCAGAACAGCUCCUAGUGGUGCUGGAUCGGAAGGCUCUAGCGUGGGCCUCACCAGCCUUCCUUUCUCCUUACUAGGGAGAGGAGAAUGAAAAGAGGUAGGACUUGUGGUGGGACCUCUUCUCCUUGCUCUCCUCCUCCAACACUGGUACUGCCCCACCCACCCUGCAACGUCCCAUAUACUCCCCAUCAGCCUCUGGCAUGACAUUACUUUUCCCCCACAGGGGUCCUGAUCAAACCCACACUGUGGAGGUCAACAAACUAUUCCUCCCCAAGGCUUACAUACAGCCCUGUCAGAGUGCAUACCCGCAUGGGGCUGUGGGCUGGAGGGGUCUCAUGUCCCUGCUCCUCUCCCACCCCAUCCCCCAGCUCCUCAGAAGGCCACACCAUCUCCUGAGAUUUCCACCAACAACCCCCUCAGAGUCCUCUUCCUCGGCUGCCUCCCCCCCACCCCACCCCAGGAGAAGGCGGCAGUGAAAACAAGGGUAGGGGGGGAAAACCAAGAAACACCCCAUAGGGUGUUUCCCUCCUACUGGGAUUCCUCAGGAGCCAGGACAUUGAUUCUGGCCUGGAAGAGAGGCCUGUUGAAACUGAUGAUGAGAGUAAACGUCCUAAGCAAGGUCCCCAAAGCUCUGCAGAUUGUGGAAUCCAACCCGAAGUGCUCCAGGGCCCUGCAGCAGAUCCCCCAACAGCUAUAAAGCACAAAGGGGAGCAUGUCUUCCCUGGGGGACAUCAUCAAUGUGGAGUGGUCAUCUCAGGAGAGAAGGGAUUGAUGAGUUAACUGCUCUGUCAGUUGUACAGAUUCCCAAAGGACCACGUUCUGAGUGCUGUACCAUUUCUCAAUGUGGAUUCCGAAACCUUUUCCCUGACAACAAGACUCAUCUGAUCCCUGUUCAAAGGGCCAUAGCCCCUGCCAAUGCUAUAGGCAACUACCUGGCAUGUUCACUCACAAGGAACUAUGGCCUAGAUCUCAGUGGUGGCUGAUAGCACUGGGAGCAGCUGAAAUGGACUGUCAAUGGUGACCUUGGUGCUCCCUGAUCCUGAGGCCCUCUGGCCACCUCACCUGUCCUGGGUGUAAAGGACCACCAGCACCCAUUCUGGCAUCCUGGCCAUUCCCCUUUGUCCCUGUGGCAGUGGCUGGAGCAAGGGUGGCACGAGCUGAUUCUUUCAUGCAGGGGGGAAUGCUCCAGGGCUGGGAAGGGCACUUAAGGGCCAUUUGUGCUUCCAGAGCUGCACACAGUAGACUUAACACAAGGCGUGAUUUGGGCUCAUGACUCCUCUUUAGCAGCCCUUGUGUUGUCAUCUUCAGCACUUUGGUUCGCUGGCUCAAAGACGCUGACGUUGUUUUCUGCAACUAACCCUAGAGGUAGCAGAUACAUCCAAAGGAAACUCCAGGACCUUCCGAAGGCUCGUCCGUGUCCGUGUACGUGCAGCGCUUCGCAUGAUACUGCAAUGGACACCUUCAUUCUCUCUUCUGCUCCCUGCCUGCCAGAGCUGUUUGGAGAAGUGCGAGCUCCUGCUGCGAGGGAAGCACCAGCCUCAGCUAUUUGCCCAUGUUUCCGGAAAGGGGGAGAAACAGAAGCACUCCAGCUCUUCUCGUCCUCAGCCUGGCCCCCUCAGGCAGACUCCACGCCCUUCCAGAUGACACCCCCUGAGCUGGAGGGGAAUAGUGAAGAACCUUAGCAAAAGGAGGCCUCUGGCAGAAGUUCCAGCAGUGCAAAUAGCCAGGGCUGCUUAUCUAACAUGUUGGGGGGCCCACAUGGUGACCCACAAAUGCCCUACUAAUGGACCAAGAAUAUUAACUGGCUGGAAUUGAGGGCAACGAGAAGUCAGGUUCCCUUUGCCACAUUACAGAGGGAGACUUGCGCUCCAGCGGGAUAUAUGUGAUGGAGACCCAGAACACACAGUUCUGCAUUGGGUGCCCUUUCAACCACAUCCAUCCUGGGGAAAUUAAGUUACAUGCACAGCAACCGGUAAAUCCUUCAGUCAUUCCGUGCUCUGCCUGCUGUUUUAGCUAUCAACAGCAGCUGCACAGUGGGCCUGAUUUCUAACCAAGGAUUAAUAAAUCCCUGCAUGUUUGAUCCCA